UCCAUUUGAGUGCAGCAGCACCUCGACAAUUCUUCAUCUUCUCUCAUUCUCUAUCUUCCAUUCUUCGAUUCAUCUUCGUCUUCUACCUUUGAGAUCGGAUUCUUUUCGUUUAAUGCGGUGGAUUCUAGCAAAGCGGUGGAGCCAUCCGAGAAUGCAGAUUAAUGCGCAGAGGAAAGCGACGAGGAUGACAACGAAGUCGCCGGCCAACGUAUUCUCCCCCGCUUCCUUAGCGCAGCAGCCACCGUAUUCGCUUUUCUAUUUCCAUCAGAAGUUCAGAUCUGAAGAUCUCACUUUCGAUCAGAAUAAGAGAGAGAAAAAAAAACCCUCAAAUCUUUCGUUCGUAGUAGCAAUGAAACCACUUAAUCAAGUAAUUAUGCUUUUUGAGAAACCAAUUUGCAGCAUUUGCCUCCUUUCUUUCUCUCUCAUCAUCGCCUUGAUCUUCACCAGGGCCAAGAGAACCAAGAAGGUCAGGAUUGUUGGGAAAUACGAUUCACUGAGGAAUAAGAUCGAACAGGUGGUUGGCAAACCAAAUCUGCUGCGAAUUUGUGGCUAAAUUACAAAACAGAAUAUAUGGGGAUGCUUCAAACAUCACUGAGAUUAUAAAAAUGAGCGAUUAAUUUGAUACCCAGAUGGAUUAUUGGAUUACAACAAUAGGGUGGUCAAAUUUAUUGAAAAAAAAUAGUGCGAAAUUAGCUGAUCCCCAUUUUGGUGUUUGAAGUUGGAGACAAUUUGUGGCGAAUCGAAACUAUUUGCACUAUUUUUGUGGAUUUAUAUUGUAUUCUGUGUAGUAUGGUUCAUUAAGUUAUUUUGGGUGGAUUUCUCUGUAAUUUCAAAAUAGAAUUGAGGAUGGGUGAGACACUGAGACUGUGAGAGGGAGGAGUUAGGACAAUCCGAAAAGGGGGAAGUUAGUGCCCACUAACUAGAGGUCUGGCAUAUGGCAUAACUAAGUUAGUGCCUUUUUCUAUAACUAUAUUUUUUUUCGUCAUGGUUGCAAUUGUAUAAUUCGGAAUUCUGUUGUUUUGUGGUUGAUUAUUAUAGAAGGGUUCUAUUAAUUCCUAAA